AUGCAGAUAAGGGUUUGGAUCACUGUCUUCUUUAUUGGAAUACUUCGAUCUUUUGCUUCUGGUGAGCGAUUCUCGAAAGAAAUUGUGUCUUAUUCCAACAAAACAGAUACUACGCAAGCUGUUUUGCUGCCCCCCGGCUUCGAUCUUACCGAGAGUGUACAAAAAGGGAAGAAAGCAGUGAAAGCACAAACCACUUCAAAAGCCUUGAAGUCAGUUACUAAACCAGAGCUGGGUAUGACACAUGAAGUUACUGUAAACUAUCCAACUCGAUCUAGUGGCCAAGUCCAGAGUCUUCGAGUUCCCAGAGAUGACGUAUCGAGAACAUACAACUAUCGAAAAACGAAGGGCAAAAAAGUGCAACCUGGACAAUUUGCAAGUAAAGGUAAAACUUCUCCAAAAAGAGGCAAUAAUUGGAAAUUAUGGCCUGAGUACGUAAAAAAUGCCAUGGUUCCCAGUGAUUCUAAAAUUGCUUGGAGUUAUUGGGAAGCUGACGAAAGUGAGGAACCUGAUGAUGCUGAUGACAGCAUGAUGCCUAUGAUGCCUACAACUAAAGCAACAACUACAACUGCUGCUACCACCACCACCACAACUACAACGACAACAACAGCAGCUCCCGCAACAACAACAACUAAAGGCCCUAAAGCUCCAGUAACAAUCUACAAACAUUUUCAUUAUUUUAAGAAAGCAGCACCUUGGAAAGGUGACGCCAUGCCAAUGACGAUGCCGAUGCCUAUGCCAACUCCAAUGCCGAUGAGCAUGGAAGAAGUGAUGAAAAUGACAGAAGAUAUGAUGGAUGAUAUGAUGAUGAAGAACAUGAUGAUGAAGAGCAUGAUGAUGCCACCGCCGGAAAUGGAGAAGAAAGGCAUUUCUGGGUUUUGGGAUAAGUUAUCCAAAGUUGAACCAAUCACUGUACUCGUUGCUGGCAUUAUUCCAGCUAGUUUGAUUCUCGCAGCGGCUUUGCCAUCAGUUAUGACCAAAAUGAUGUGGAUGAAAGGAGAGAUGAAUGGAAGUGGAGGGCCAACCAUGUCUACAAUUACCACAACAGCAGUCGGUCCACCAGGAAUGGACAUGACAGGCACCCGCUACAGAUCAAGUGAAUCGAUAGCAUCUUUCAUUGAAGCUGCAAGUGAUUUUGGUUUCAAAGCUCUGGAAAAGCCUCAAUGUGCCAGACAACUGUUUUGCCGACUAGCUAAGAACACGAUUAUGACAGAUUCACCAACACUGCAGAGAGCGAUACAAGUGGCCACCAUUGCGAUGGAAAACUCAUGGUUGGAUCAUCUUGGAGUUCAAGAUAUAUUCAGGUCAUUGACUGAUGGUACUUGCAAUGAUGAUGAUUGUGAGUCGACGCCAAGAAAUAUUGAUUCAUGA